AUGAAUGGAGGCCCAGCCUUGGCGGCGCCACCGGACUUCACAACCCUACAUGGAGAGAGGAUCUUUCUUCGCGGUUUCCGCUCUGGUCUAUCAUGGGGAUCGGCCUUUAUUAAGACCGAUCUAUUGAACGGCACUGUGCGACAGAUUGCAACGGUUGAAUACUGCGUGACCGCGCCUGGGUCCGGAACUGUAUUUGCGGCGCCUGGAGACUCCGGGUCCUUGGUCUACCACCCCGCAACGGGGGUUGUUCGAGGGAUGCUUUUCGCUGGAACAUUCGAUGGAGUCGGUUAUUUUACGCGGAUCGACUAUCUUUUCGAUGAUAUCAAGGCUAAGGCUAGGGUGGCCGACAUCCGGCUAUAUGUAGAAUAUUCUCCUGAGUGA